AUGGUAUUCAUUUUAAGAUUCCGUAAGGAUGAACGCCAUCUACCUGUAUUAUGGCAGCAAUCGUUUUUGGCAUUUGCUCAGCGUUACAAAAACGACAUUACAUCGAAACAACGAGAAGCACUUCUGGAAAUUGUCAAGAUACAUUAUCACUAUCAAAUAUCACCUGAAAUCAGACAUGAAUUGACGAGUGUGGACGCAGAGAAGUCAUCAUCGGAUGUACAAGCGAUAUCAGAAGAUAAAAUGGAAUUUUAA